CAGCAGCAGACUCAGCAGCCGCGGUGAGGGACGGACGGAUCUAUUGUUCCCUCUCUCCUCUUCUUCACUGACCCUGCGUCCGGCCCUGGAUUACCCCUCCUGGGGGAACUAACGCACCCCCCCCCACCCCCAACGCCAGCGGGGACAAAAGGAGGCACGCUUCUCUCCGUCGCUCCUAUCGCUCUUUUGCUCUCUCUCUCCGCGUCCUCUUCCCCUGCGCGGUCUCUCCACGCCACUCUUUCUCUUUCUUUUUCUCCGCGUGGGACUGCGGACCGGGCCGGCGGGAGGAGGGCGGGGGGGCAUGGCGAGGCUGCUCUGCUCUCUGUGGGGGGCGGCGCUGCUGUUUUGGGGAGCCCGGGGUGCCCUCGCUCAGCCCGGGGGGGACACCAUGCCCGCGUACCUCUGGCAGACAGAGCCCUGGGGCCGGUGCAUGGGUACGGAGUGCGGCCCGGGGGGCAGCCAGAGCCGGACGGUGUGGUGCAAGCACGCGGAGGGCUGGCCCACACUCCACACCAACUGCCCCGCAGCCGAUCGCCCGGGCAACCAGCGCGACUGCUUCCACGUGUGCGACCAGCACCGGGACCUGUACGACUGGCGCCUGGGCGAGUGGGGGCGCUGCGUGCCCGUGUCCCAGCGCGGCGGCGGGGCCGGGGUCGGGGGGGCGGGGCCGGGGCCCGCGGGGGACGGGGCCUGCGCCUGGGGCGCGGAGGGCAUCCAGACGCGGGAGGUGGGGUGCGUGCGGACCGCGGACGGGGCGGCGGCGGAGGAGGACGCCAUCUGCGAGUACUUCGAGCCCAAACCGCGGCUGGAGCAGGCCUGCCUCGUGCCCUGCCCCCGGGGCUGCGUGGUGUCCGCCUUCUCCCCCUGGUCCCCCUGCCCCGCCCCCUGCGGCGGGGGGGCGGGGCUCCAGAGCCGCGCCCGCUCCGUGCUGGCCCCGCCCCUCUUCGGCGGCGCCGCCUGCCCCGCCCUGGCGGAGUUCCGGCCGUGUGAGCCCCCGGGGGAGUGUGGGGACGGGGAGGGGGGCGGGUUCGGGCUGAGGGUGGGGCCCUGGAGCGAGUGCCAGCCCCCUCCCGCCGCCGCCCCCCCGCGCCCGGCCCGCCAAGCCCGCCAGGCCCGCCAAAGCCGCCGGCGUAAGAACAAGGAGCGGGGCCGCGAGCGGGACAAGGGGGGCGACAGGGACCCCGAAACCCGCCAGCUCAUUAAGAAGAAGAGGACCCGGAACCGGCAGAACCGGCCCGACGCCAAGCUGUGGGACCUGCAGGUGGGCCACCAGACCCGCGAGCUCACCUGCGCCCACCGCAACGCCACGCCCGCCCAGCUCAGCCUGUGCUCCCAGGAUCCCCUCCCGGAGGUGUUCCGGUCCUGUGUGGUCCCCCGGGACUGUGAGGUCAGCGAGUGGGGGGCCUGGAGCCCCUGCUCCAAGACCUGCUACGACCCCAACGGCCCCCAGGGGGAGCGCUCACGCACACGCCGCGCCCUCCGCUUCCCUGUGGGCGGGGGGGCCGAGUGCCCCGCCCUGGAGGAGGUGGAGCCCUGCACCCCCCAGGGAGAGGGGGUGCCGCCCUGCCCUGUGUACACCUGGAAGACUUCAGAGUGGACUGAGUGCCGGGUGGACUUGUUGCUAAGCCAACAGGACCGACGCCGUGGCAACCAGACCAGCCUGUGUGGGGGCGGGGUCCAGAACCGGGAGGUCUACUGUGCCCAGGGCAACAGUGACCCCGCCUCCUACCUGAACACGGCCCGGGACAAGGAAGCCUGGCGCCCCGUGGACAGCCGCCUGUGUCUGGGGCCGGUGCCCAACGCCACCCAGCUGUGCCACAUGGAGUGCCCGGUGCAGUGUGCCCUGUCUGCCUGGAACGCCUGGGGGCCCUGCACCCUGGAGAACUGCCAGGAGCCCGCCGCAGGGAAGAAGGGCUUCAAGCUGCGGAAGCGCGCCAUCGUGAACGAGCCGACGGGCGGAGCCGGCAGCUGCCCUCACCUGGCGGAGGCCGUGCCCUGUGACGAGCCCAGCUGCUACGCCUGGCUGGUGGCGGCGCUGGAGGCGUGUCUCCCUGACAACGGCAGGCCGUGCGGGCCGGGGACGCAGGUGCCGCGGGCGCAGUGCGUCGACAGCGACGGCGCUCCGGCGGAGACGCAGCUGUGCCGGGACGCGAUCCUGCCCAUCCCGGUGGCGUGCGAGGUGCCCUGCCCCAGAGACUGCGCCCUCAGCCCCUGGAGCUCUUGGUCCCCCUGCUCCCACACCUGCUCCGGCAAGACCACCGAGGGGCGCCAGGCCAGAGCCCGCGCCGUCCUGGCCUACGGAGCGGGCGACGGAGGAGCUCAGUGCCCUAACAGCAGCAGUCUGCAGGAGUCUCGCAGCUGUAACAGUCACCCCUGCACCGUGUACCACUGGCAGGCCAGCUCCUGGGGCCAGUGCAUCGAAGACUCCUCCCUCUCCUCCGUGAACUCCUCCUCCGGCUCCGCCCACGGGCCUGCCGGGGGCGUGGCCUGCUCCAUCGGCAUGCACACCCGCAAGGUCAUCUGCGUGCGGGACAGCGUGGGACAGGUGCCCCCCAAAAAGUGUCCGGAGAGCCUGCGGCCGGAGACAGUGCGGCCGUGUCUCCUACCGUGCAAACGGGACUGCGUGGCCACGCCCUACAGCGACUGGACCCCCUGCCCCUCCACCUGCCAAACAGGUAGCAGCACGAAGAAGAAGCAAAGCAGGAAACGCAUCAUCAUCCAGCUGCCGGCCAAUGGGGGACUGGACUGCCCCGAGGUUCUGUCCCAGGAGAGGGAGUGCGAGGCUCCGUCUGUGUGCCAGGGGUACAGGUGGAAGACACACAAGUGGCGGCGGUGCCAGCUGUUGCCGUGGGCGAUCAGGCAGGGCAGCCCUGGAGCACAGGAGAGCUGUGGACCAGGUCUGCAAACCCGAGCGGUGUCCUGUCGGAAGCAGGACGGGGGACAGGCCGAUAUCAGGGAGUGUCUGAAGCUGGCCCCCCCCAUGCCCCCCGUCACCCAGCCCUGCCAGCUCCCGUGCCAGGACCACUGCCAGCUCACCGCCUGGUCCAAGUUCUCCUCCUGCUCCUCCGACUGCGGGGGCGUCCGCACGCGCAAGAGGGCGCUCGUGGGUAAGAGUAAGAAGAGGGAGCAGUGCAGGAACACGCAGGCCUACCCGCUGAGCGAGACUCGCUACUGCCCGUGCGACAAGCACAGCGCCCAGCCCGUGGGCAACUGGUCCGACUGCGUGCUGCCCGAGCCCGGCCGCGUGGAGGGCAUGCUGGGCAUGAGGGUGCAGGGCGACGUCAAGGAGUGCGGCCAGGGCUACCGCUACCAGGCCAUGGCCUGCUACAACCAGGACCAGCGGCUGGUGGAGACCGCGCGGUGCAGCAGCCACGGUUAUAUUGAGGAGGCCUGUGUGAUCCCCUGCCCGUCGGACUGCAAGCUCAGUGAGUGGUCCAACUGGUCGCGCUGCAGCAAGUCCUGCGGCAGCGGUGUCAAAGUCCGGUCCAAGUGGCUCCGGGAGAAACCCUACAACGGCGGCCGACCGUGCCCCAAACUCGACCACCUCAGCCAGGUGUAUGAGGUGGUUCCGUGUGUCAGUGACUGCAGUCAGUACGUGUGGGUGGCUGAGCCCUGGAGCUCGUGGAAGGUGAGCAACGUGGACCUGAAGGAGAACUGCGGAGAGGGAGUGCAGACACGGAAAGUCCGGUGUGUGCAGAACACAGUGGAUGGUCCAGGUGACCCGGUAGAUGAUUACCUGUGCGAUCCGGAGGAGAUGCCGCUGGGAGCUCGUGAGAGCCACCUGCCCUGUCCAGAGGACUGCGUCCUGUCAGACUGGGGGUCCUGGUCCCCCUGUACCCCGCCCUGCAGCGGGAACGGGACUCGGGUGCGAACAGCGACCCCCAUACGCCUGCCGGGAGAGGGGAAACUGUGCCCCCCCUCCACCGAAACGGAGCCCUGCAACCUCAACACCAACUGCUACCACUACUCCUACAACAUCACAGACUGGAGCACCUGUCAGCUGAGCGAGAGAGCCGUGUGUGGGCGGGGCAUCAGGACGCGCAUGCUGGACUGCGUGCGCAGCGACGGCAAGUCUGUGGACCUCAAGUACUGCGAGGAGGUGAGGAGUGUGUGUGUGUGUUUGAUAGUGUGUGUGUGUGUGAUAGUGUGUGUGCAUGUGUGUGAGAUGAGUGAAUGGUCAUGCUCACACACGGUUCCCCCUGCAGGGAGAAUGUGGCGGCGGCGCUCGGUGACCCAGGCGUCCCAGGGGGACGGGAGGCCCUGCCCCGCCCAGAUGGAGCAGUGGAAGCCCUGUCCCGUCAGGCCCUGCUACAGGUGGCGCUACAGCACCUGGUCCGAGUGUGGAGCCGAGGACGCUGGCUGUGGAGAAGGAGUGCGUGUGAGGAACGUGUCGUGUGUGGUGUUUGACGGUUCCCGUGACGAUGAGGGCAGUGUGGUGGAGGAGGAGCUGUGUGGGGGAGCGGACCCCCUGCAGGAUGGAGACAACCGAGGCGCCCUGGAGGAGGCCUGCACUGUGCCCUGUCCAGGCGACUGUUACCUGGCGGAGUGGAGUGGGUGGAGCAGCUGUGAGCAGAGCUGUGUGAAAGGGGUGGAUUUGGGCCUGGGGGCGGUCCAGGUGAGGUCCCGCCCCGCCAUCGCCCAGGAGCCCCACAGCCUUCCCCAGUGUCCCCAGCAGGAGUGGGAGUCCCGCCCCUGCACAGACGGUCAGUGCUUUGAGUACACCUGGAUGGCCGCAGAGUGGAAAGGCCACGCCCGCCAGGUGUGGUGCCAGCGUUCCGACGGGCUGAACGUCACAGGCGGAUGCCCCCUGUCCAUCAAGCCCCUGUCAGACAGGUCAUGUGACCCAGCCUGCGAUAAGCCACGAUCCGUCUGCACAGAGGUCGGCGUGUGCGGGUGCGCGGAGGGCUACACGGAGGUGAUGAGCUCGGACGGGCUCCUGGAGCAGUGCACGCUCAUCCCCGUCCUAGAGAUCCCCACCGCCGGGGUCAACGAGGCCGACGUCAAGACCAUCCGCGCCGCCAGCCCCACCCAGCCCACCGGCAACCAGGCCGGCCGCGCGGGACGCACCUGGUUCCUGCAGCCGUUCGGACCAGACGGGCGGCUGAAGACGUGGGUGUACGGCGUGGCGGCGGGCGUGGUCGUGCUGCUGAUCUUCAUCAUCUCCAUGACGUACCUCGCCUGCAAAAAGCCAAAGAAGCCGCAGAGGAGGCAGAACAACCGGCUGAAGCCUCUCACUCUGGCUUACGACGGAGACGCCGACAUGUAGCCCCACCUCCGACCUCCGACCUCUGACCCCUGACGCUUGCUCAUGACAGCGAUGCAUACUUUUUUACAGUGACCUCUGUGGCCUACUCGCCCCCCUGACGCUUUGUUAGGAUGGCGACGCAGUCUUGUAGCGUGACCUCUGACCCCCUCCAACCUUUUACCCGCCACGGUGACGAGCGAUGCCCUCGGGCGGACCCGGUCGUCAUGGCAACCCAGCUCCUCCUCAGCAUCAGGACCUGCCUCGGAAACUAGAAGAGCUUGAUUUCGGGAAUUGGGGGGCUAGGGUGGGAGGCGACUGGCUUUAGCAUGGAGCAGAGACUAAUAAACAAGGUAACACACACACCUGUUCAGGUAACACACACCUGCCCAGAGCAGAUGGAGAGGCGAUGCUUUCAGCUGUCCCAUACGGCCGGCCUUCCUCCUCCUGUUUACCUCUCUCUCUCACGAGGGCCUUCCAGACCUGAAGAGGACGUGGCGCUUUGCUUCCUUCGCUUUUUCCCGCUCUUUUACUGAAGGGAGAACCUGCUUUUUUAGGGGAGAGGAGGGGCCGGCCAGGAGCCCUGUUAAAACUCCCGUUCAGGAAGUGAAACCCCUCGCCUCUGACCGCAGUGCAGGAGGCCCCUGCGUUUCCAGCGGCUCUAUAAACACCCUGGAGGAACACGCCCCCUCGGCUCCGCGUCCUGCUCCUUCACCUUCGCCGCGAUUCGCUGACCGCCGGGUUCCUCCCGCCUCUCCUGGGUGCUGCUGGGAUCGAUCGCGUCGGCCAUCUCUCUUCCCCCGGAGUCCACCAACCAAAACACUGCUCAAAGAGUGGGCGGGGCUACCGUGCUCCAUCACUGAACUGCCGGCCCAAACCAAUCGUACAUGUUUGUAAUGGCGGACCGUGUUUUUGAUUGGUUCACGGGAGCUCGGUGAUUGACAGGGCAUGGUAGCUCCACCCACUCUGGGUCUGUGACUCCUCCCUCCCUCGUCACAUGACGGUUAGCGCUGAAGAUCUCCUGCUAAAGACGCUCUUCCUUCUGCCCCCUCUAAGGCAGGGCUUUGCACUAUAUUAGUGUGAGCAUGUUACGUAUUUAUAUCUAUAUCUAUUUAUAUUGUAUUUCCAUAGCAACUGACCCUUGGAAUCAGGAUGAAAGUAAAGUUUUGUCCUCGAAAAUAAA